AGAGUCAAACCAUAUUACUUGAUAGUGAAUAUUCUCUUAAUAAAGCAAGUUUUUUCUAUGACAAUAGGUUCUCUAGUAAUGACAAUAACUUUCCUAGUAAUAAUUUUUCUAGUGAUAGCUUUUCUAGUAAUGAUGACUUUCUUGGUGAUGAUAACUUUUCUGAUAAUAACUUUACUGAUGACAAUGAUUUUUCUG